AUGACGAACAAACCCUCAUCUCUUCGGAUCAUCAUCUGUGGCGCCGGUAUUGCUGGGCUGGCUGCAGCGGCAGCACUGGCGACUCACCAUCAAGUCAUCGUUCUAGAGCGUAAGGAGGAAUUGACGGAAGUCUCAUACGCAAUCAACUUGAAGCCAAAUGCAGCGCACGCCGCCUAUGGAGUAGUAGGCUUGGAUCCUUCCAAAGUCCGCGGACUUCCCUGUCGAGAGAUCAUCGAGCGCGAUGCCGCGAAUGGCGACAUAAAGAUGCAUAAGCCGGUUGAUGCACCUGCCGAUUUUGGUGGCCCUUGGUACUUCUGUCAGCGGACCGAAUUGCAUGCUGAGCUGUUGGCGACGGCGAAAGCACGUGGUGCAAAAGUCAUCCUAGGGACCGAGAUCGAAGACGUUAAUGCUACUCACGGCGUGGUCUUGAUCAAGGGAGGCGAUGCAAUGGUCGCGGACAUGGUCUUGAUUGCCGACGGGAUUUCCUCACGUCUCCGCAAAAGGGUUCUCCAACAGGAAACCGACUACCGCUGGGACUCGGAUCAGGUCGCUUUUCGUGCCUUUGUCCCAGCAGAGCGCUUCCGAGACCAACCAGAACUCAAAUGGCUUGCCGAACAAAAGUCGGGAGGGUUGUACGUUUGGGCAGCCCAAAAACAGCGAGUGGUUGUCUACCCUUGUCCGGACUAUGUGAAUCUUGUCGCUAUCGUCGACAAGGCCCAUCUUCAGCGCCAGAGCGGAGGCAGUGACCUCGGUAGAGAGUCAAAUACGGAGACGGCAGACGCCAUGCGCUCUCAAUUUGCUGAUUUUGAUAGCACGGUAAAAAAGCUGCUGGACAAGGUCCCGCAUGCCUCGUUAUGGCCGCUUUUCGACGUUAGCUGCCUGCCGUACUACGAGCGGGAACGUGCCCUUCUCAUUGGUGAUGCAGCACAUGCGACGCUUCCUCAUCAAGGACAAGGCGCUUCCCUUGCCUUUGAAGACGCCGAGGGCCUUGCCUAUCUGUUUUGUAACGGCAGCGUGACGCCCCACGACGUAUCGCGCGUCCUCAAAAAAUUCACAGAGCUUCGCAGAGCGCGAGUCCACAUGAUUCAGCACUUUAGUCGAGUCAUGGCCAAGCCUGCCAGCUACGAGAAAGGCGAGAAACUGGACGCUCUUAGGUUUGCGGCGCAAACCCUCACUUUCAAGAGCAUCGCCGAGCUCGAGACAAGCACGGCGCCACACGACUAAUACAUUUAUAUACUAU